UGUGGCUCGGCACUGUUUUUCCCUGAUUCAAUUUUCGUCCUCGCUGCUUCAAGAAUUUUGCUAGGAAAUCUGAAAGUUUAAGAAAGUUUUAAGAAUUCAGCGACAUUUGUAAAAAUGCGGCUAACACUUGUGCUCCACAAGCAACACUUGCGCCGUUUGUUCAUCCGAAAGUGGUUUGUCCACGGCAGGAACAACAGAGUGCCGAUGGAAACGUACGCCGAGUCCACCUUGUCGGCCCUCGGCAUCAAAGUUGUCGAUUCGUUGGAUGUGAUAGACGAAAAGAAAACACCGCCAGUACCACCGGGAAGCGUCAAAGUCAUCGGCAUGCUAGAUCCGCCAGUUCCUUUGGGCGAGAACCACCCUUUGUAUCACCAGAGACCGAGCUAUUUAUACGACGAGCACAGUAUUUUGGUGGAGGGUCUGCCUCAGGCUCAGAACCUCACCAACACAGUGAUCCUGGAGAAAGGGCUUCCGCCACAGAUCGAGGAGUUGGCCAAAGAGAAUGAAAGUUUGCUGCCCGAGGAAUGCCACGAAGAAGUGAAGAAGAGCAUUUUAAGAAGUUUUCUAUUCGAUGCAGUCCAGGAAAAAAUGCCAAAGUACAUAAAUCCCGAAAGGCCUUGCUAUAACUAUCCUCCAACAUUUGGUGUUCCUGAUUACAGAAGAAACCGCCUUUUGAGUGAUAAUCUGCUCUUGAUAUGCGAUUCUCUCUCAUCCGAGCCUCACGGGCAGGUAGUUCGUGGUGCAAAAUUGCGAACACUUCUGGACAUAAAUGACAAACUUGUCAGAUUUGACAUCAGUCCAGGAAUCCUUCUUUGUGGCAAAAACCCACUAAGUCCCUACACAGAUGCGGCGCGCACCGAGAAUCUGGACUUGCCGAAUAUUUCGCCACUGAACUGUUUCGUGUCUCUACCAAAGGACCAUUUCUAUGAUGACACAGAAAUUAUCAAUGUUCCGCCAGCAAAAUUUGUCCACACUGCAAUUUUUCACUUCAACGACACCAAACACGUAAAUCUGACAGAGAUUCCCGUCAACGAAAACCAAAUUCAAGGCAGGACCCUGGCCAACUCCUUCAUAGUUGCAGCUGCCGAAGCAAAGCAAAAGCUGGAGAAACCUUCUGGUGAAUUGUCCAAGCCACUGACGAUUCAAGGCAUCCACACGAAUGGACAGUGGUUCCAGUUUUCGGUGCUGCAGCUCAACAACUUGAGCAACAAGGGAACUAAGAAUGUCGCCUGGCUGUCCCCGUUGAUGCACAUGUUUGCCUCGGCUAGAUAUGAGAAAGCGGUUCCCACCUUGAUUGGGUACAACCCUGACGUGUUAAGGUAUUUGUUUGCUUUUCACAGAAACAGUUUGAUCACCAAAUAGAAAUAAUAGAGGUACUGCUUAAAAAUAAAAAAUUGUCGAUAAUUAAA